GCGGCGAAUGCGAAAAUCAUAAAGAACUAGCUCACUCGUGUCCUAGACAUCGAUGGAGGAACAGGUGAUCCAAGACCCUGGACGUGCUGAUUAUGUUCCAAAGGGCAAGAAAAAGAAGUACCCACAAAGGUUUGAAAAGGGAGAUGCGGUGUGGCUGAAAGUCGCGAGCGAGGAUGCACCUGAUUUACCCGAUAUCGUGGUGUAUGUAAAGGCAGCGCGGUAUGAGGAGAAGAAAGACUGCUGGAUGUACAAAGUCCAGGAGCAGGAUAAAGGGGGAGUGUGGUUUGGGAAGGAAAGAAUGAGAGCGGAGAAAGCCUUGAAGCGUGCCUGAGAAAGCGCGCCCAAGGUGGCCUCGGAAGGGAACCCUAUUAAUUGGCCACAGUGGUCUCUGCCACAGCAUGGGAGGCAGUGCACGUCUCCUGCAGGCUUUGCGGGGCUCGGUUCCCGCAUUAGCACAGCCACUUUGUCGUUGUUCGUUUGGUUUAUGCAGCAAGCGUUUGGAUGGGCUUUAGAGGACGGUAUAAUGAUAUCCACUGUUUUGCAC